GUAAAACGUAACCGUUUAUGUUUUUCAUGCUUGCAGGUUGGACACAGCCUGACCGAUUGUUUUAAAAAGAAGCCAUGUGGCAUAAAUGGAUGCGUGCGCCUGCAUAAUCAAUUACUUCAUUCUGAGGCCAAGCAGCCUCCAAAGCCAGUCACGCCAAACAACGAAGAAAGGGAGCACAUACUCAACUGCCGCGAAGAACGCUCUCUUUCACACCUUUUCAAGAUAUUGCCGGUCAUCUUGUCAGGUCCACUAGGAAGAAUUUCCGUUUACGCCAUGUUUGACGAAGGGUCAUCGAUUUCGCUGCUUGAGGAGAAGGUAGCCAACAGCCUAGGCCUUAGAGGAAACGCCGCACCACUCACACUGCAAUGGUAUGACGACAAGAGGACAACAGAGAAGUCACGUAAAGUAGCCUUGGCCAUAAAGGGUCAUGCGGAGAAGUCGUCAACGUAUGAUAUAAAGAACAUACGCACAGUCAAAAGCCUAAAUCUGCCAACACAAACUUUCUGUCGAGAUGAUCAUUCACAUUUGAAGUCGCUGCCGAUAAAAAAUUACGAUAAUGCCAAGCCUGUUCUGCUGUUGGGUUUGGAUAACUGUUUCCUUGAGGUGACAGAACACAUUGUAGAGGAUGGGCCAUACAAACCCAUCGCAGCCUUAACCAAAUUAGGUUGGACCGCAUUUGGUCCUACUAAUUCACGAAGCAACGCCGAGCCACGUGUACUUCAUCUGCGUGAGGGUCAAGCGCUUAAGGAGCUACAAAAGGUGGUCGAAGACUAUUUUGCUGCCGACAGUUUUGGUGUACGAAAUUCUGACAUUGUGCUCGAAUCUGAUUCAUACGCCCGGGCCAAGAAAAUUCUUGCUGAAACAACAAAAAACAUCGGAAGGCAAUACGAAGUUGGUCUGCUAUGGCGAGAAGAAAAUGUAAAUUUGCCUAAAAGUUAUGCCAUGGCCAAACAGAGGUUGCUCAACAUUGAGAACAAAAUGACACGAGAUGCCGCCUUUGCCGCCAAUUAUAGAAAAGAAAUCGACAAAUAUAUCGCGAAGGGAUAUGCCCGAUUGUUGGAGCCUGAAGAAGCUAACUGUGAAAGCCCUACCACUUGGUAUUUGCCACAUUUUGGAGUGGUGAAUCCAAGCAAACCGAAUAAGCUUCGCAUUGUAUUCGAUGCUGCCGCCGCUACGUCGAACAUAUCACUGAACUCGGCACUCCUAAAGGGACCGGAGCACGCUCAGCCGCUUUGGACGAUUAUCGCUAAGUUUCGUCAGGGUGUUGUGGCUGUAGCGGGUGAUAUACAGGAAAUGUUCUCGCAAGUCAGAAUACGCGAUGCCGAUCAAGACUCGCAGCGAUUCCUAUGGAGGAAUGGGUGCGUUUCAACGCCGAUUCAAGUUUACCAAAUGGUGUCGAUGAUUUUUGGUGCCGCGUGUUCACCAUGCUGCGCUGAGCACGUGAAAAACGUCAACGCUGAAGGCCAUAUGGAGGCGAUGCCCAUGGGCGCAAACGCUGUUAUCGAAAACACGUAUGUUGACGACCUCGUCAUUAGUUUCGACAGCACGCAAGAAGCCGAAGAAAUUACUUUAGAAGCCAUUCGCAUUAAUGCUGCCGCCGGGUUUAAACUUCGAAACUUCGUAUCGAAUUGCAAAAGUUUGGAAGCCAAGCUCAAUAACGAUGAAGUCGUCCAAGGAGAAAGCUUCAACUUGGAAAGAGGAAAUAGUACCGAGAAAGUACUGGGAAUGUUUUGGAACACAAACAAAGACACAUUCGAGUUCCAUUUCAAAUUCCAUAAAGUGCCAAAAGACGUUUUGGAAUGUAAACGCCCACCAACUAAACGAGAGAUGCUUGGAAUCGUUAUGUCGGUUUACGAUCCGUUUGGACUCUUAGCUAAUUUCAUGAUAUACACCAAACUUUUAUUACAAGCAACCUGGAAGAUGCAAAUAACAUGGGAUGAGCCGCUUCCGUAUGAAAUGCAAGCCUAUUGGGCAGCCUGGUGGAAGGAGUUCCAACGUGUGGAACAAUUUUCUACUCCCAGAUGUUAUUCACCGUUAUUACCAUCAGCCGAUGAUGUAGAAUUACAUGUUUUUGCCGAUGCAAGCGCCACUGCCUAUGCUGCCGUUGCGUAUCUGCGCAUGAAAAGAGGAUGCGAAGUUGACGUCGCAUUUGUUGCUGCUAAAACACGA